AUGGCUUCACACAAACAGUUACCAAGAACUGCUCAAAUUCGCCUUGUGAGUUCCCACCAGGAGGUUUAUGAACCAUGUGAUGAUUCUUUUGCACUGGUUGAUGCUCUUCUAGCUGAUCGCAAUAACCUGCAGGAACAUCAUCCAUCAUUGUGCAUGGAGAUAGGCUGUGGUAGUGGAUAUGUCAUUACUUCCCUUGCUCUUAUUCUGGGGCAGGAAGCUUCUGGUGUCAAUUAUAUCGCCACUGAUAUCAACCCACAUGCAGUGGAGGUGACCCGUGAGACCAUGGAAGCACAUGGUGUUGGUGCUGAGUUGAUAGUAACAGAUAUUGCAGCGGGACUAGAGCAGCGUCUGGCAGGGUUGGUUGAUGUGAUGGUUGUGAACCCUCCUUAUGUGCCUACCCCUGAAGAUGAAGUAGGUGUGGAAGGUAUUACCUCCUCUUGGGCUGGGGGGGAGAAUGGCCGGAGUGUAAUCGAUAAAAUUUUGCCCGUGGCAGACCGUCUUUUGUCAGAAAAGGGAUGGCUAUACUUGGUCACCCUCACAGCAAACAAUCCUUCUGAGAUAUGCCAACAAAUGAGAAAGAAAGGAUAUGCUUCUAAGAUUGUUGUCCAAAGAUCCACAGAGGAAGAAAGUCUCCAUAUUAUCAAGUUCUGGCGGGAUGUUGAUACUGUAGGGGAUGAACCAGACCAAUCUGUUUCUGGGUUCAUAGGUUCCUUGCUUACACAAAUUCGUCUACUUUCAUAUUGGAGAGGCACCAAUAGUGACAAGUGUUGA